AGUCACAGCACCAACAACAGUCUCUCAAGCCAUGGACAUCAUAGAUCCCAUCUUGGGCAUAGCGGAGAAGCUUUACUCUCUAUGUGGGGAAGUGAAAGCCAAUAAGAAGCGCUGUCAGCGUUUGGCCCAGCGCAUAAAAGCCUUGGAAGAGCUGGUGAGAGAAGUCAAGGUGAAGGGACUGGGGCAAAAGCCUUCCCUUGUGAAGAAUGUCCUAUGUGAGCUCAAACUCACCCUGGAAAAUGCCCAGGACGUGGUUAAGAAAUACGCCUGCGCCAGCUACCUGGAGCGCAUCCUGAAGGCCUACGACCAGGGAGAUGAUUUUGGGAGUUUAAAUGAGCGUCUGAAUGAUGCGGCUCAGGGGCUGUCGCUAGCCCUGCAGGUGGAUCAGAGUGACAAGCUAGUUCAGGAGGCUCGAGAGACAACACGAUGGAGAGAGGAUGAGGCUGACAGGAAGAGUGAUCACCUGGAGCUGCAGAAAUUGCUACGGUCUCUGGCAGAGGACACAAAGCAAAGUGUGGACACAGUGCACGAGAAAGUGGACUCCACCGAAAAAGAUGUGAAAGACAUCAAAGCCAUGUUGGAAACCUUAAUGAAGCCCAGUAUUUUUCAUGAAGACAUCAGAGAGAUCAAGCCAGAGGAGCUGAUCUACGAUGUGCCCAAAGAGCCCUUCAUCAAAAAUGACAACUUUGAAAUAUUCAAAGGAGAGUACAACAAAUUCACAGUGGCCAUCAAAAGAUACGCCUACUCAAGGAGCACAAGCCUGAGUCAGGUGAGAAGCAUCUUUAAAAAGGAAGUGGAGACUAUGAAACGCUUUGAGUCACCAAACAUCCUGCGAAUGUUUGGGAUCUGUGUCCAGGAAGAGAACGGACCCAAUCCAAACUUCCUCAUUGUCAUGGAGUUUUGUGAGAAGGGCAGUCUGAGAGAGGUUCUGGAUUCCCAAAGGAAGCUACCCUGGGACAGAAAGGCUCGCAUGAGUCUGGGUGCAGCACGGGGCCUCUACAGAUUGCACCAGUCAGAGGAGAAGUUUAAAGUGCAUGGAUGCAUCAACAGCAGCAUGUUCCUGGUAGAUGCUGGGUACAGAGUGAAGCUGGGAGGUUUUGAGCUGGCCAAAACUGAGACGUCAUUGAAGAGGACUAAGGAUAGCAGUAGAAGCUCUUUCUACUACAGCUCCCCUCAGCAGCUUGAGAGUAUUAAUCAUAAAUACAACAAGGAAUGUGAGAUGUACAGUUUUGGCAUUGUCCUUUGGGAGAUUGCAACCCGCGAGAUUCCCUUCAGAGACUGCUCACACAACGAUGUGUAUCAGAAGGUGUGUAAAGACAAAUAUACUGAACCUCUUCCUAAAGACUGCCCUAAACAGUUGGGGGAACUGAUCAACGACUGCCGCUCCUAUGACAGCUUCCAAAGGCCAACGGCAGGAGUGUUAGUGGACAAGCUCCGCAAAGUGGUUGAGCAGCUAGAGGAGGACUAACAAACAGAGGUUUCCAUCCCCAGAGUACUCCCCCGAAAAGAGGACAAGCAAGACCGGUUAUCAACCCCAGGUCAAAGGAAGACCAAUUUACUGUCUCAUUCUUUAUGGGAUUUAAAAUAACUUCUGGAUCGGUGUCCCAUCCAUGGGACGGUUGAGCUAAUGUAGGCUAAUGCGAUUAGCAUGAGGUUGUAAGUAACAAGACAAUUUCCCAGGACAUAGACAUAUCUGAUAUUGUCAGAAAGCAUAAAUUCUUGUUAAUCUAACUGCACUGGCCGAUUUACAGUAGCUAUUACAGUGAAAGAAUACCAUGCUAUUGUUUGAGGCGAGUGCACAAUUUUGAACAUGAAAAGUUAUUAAUAAACAAAUUUGGCACAUUUCGGCACUCUUGAUACUUAAUUUUGAACAGAAACGCAAUGAUUCAUUGGCUCAGUCUGAAACUUUGUACAUGCACUGCUACAUACAAAAUCUAAAUUGCACGUGAUGGCCUUUCUCUUGCAUUUCAAAGAUGAUAGUACAAAAACAUACAAAACUUUUUCUUCGUAUUAUCUUUUACCAGAUCUAAUGUGUUAUUCUCCUACAUUCCUUUCACAUUUCCACAAACUUAAGUGUUGCCUUUGAAAUGGUAUCAAGAAUAUGCAUAUCCUUGCUUCAGUGCCUGAGCUACAGGCAGUUAGAUUUGGGUAUGUCAUUUUAGGUGAAAAUUCACUUGGAAAACCAAGAAAAAAACAGCAAUAGUACUGUUUGUCCAUUUUGAGACGCUAUAGUCAGUAUAAACUUCUGUCACCUCUACUGGCGCUCGACGUCGCCAGUUUACUAACCACCAGUCCUGGCAACCCAUCUUUACACACACCAGGCAAACCUCAUUACGCACACCUGCAUCUCAUCAGUCACACCUGGACUUCAUUACUCACCCUUUUUAUAUAGUAAUCUUCUGUUAAUAGUCGUCAGGUAGUAUUGUUUAUGUUUCCAUGUCAGGUGCUUCUCUUGUUUUGUAUUGUUCAUUAUUAUUAAACUCAUUAACUGCA